UCCUGGGUAAGCGCAGCGGGCUGGGAAGCGUUUCCGGAAAGCUGGCCGCAUCCCGCAGCGGCUUCGGGCGUCUCCGGGGCGGGCGGCAGAGCGGCGCGGCAGGCAGACUCCCUGCACUUCUGAAGAUUUGAGGCAGAGAAGCUAGGGGAGGUUAUAAAGUGAAGGUUUGGGGAUUAGAUGAGCUGAGAUUUGUUGCAGAGUAAAACUACUUCAGGUUUCCUCCACUAACCUUAGGAACAUGUAUUAUGCAUUUCGUAUCUGGUGGGACCUGAUGGUAUUUUCAGGACUUUUCAUUGUUUUCAAACUUGCCUGAUUUCUACAGUGACUGGAGGGGGUGCUGCAGAACUUGGUGCUCUUGUACAGGCUUUCCACAAGGAGCUGGGAAGAUAAGAUCUUUGAUCUGCACGUUGGGAGCAGCUGCCGAGUGGGAAUGUGCUGACGGGCACUAUGGGCAGGCGCUACCCGGGGGCUCACUAUCGGCCGAGCAGCUCAUUCGAUUCCGGCGUGGACGCGCUGGCAGUGUUUAUGGCGAGCGGCAGCACCACGGACGCUGUGAACCGCAACAGCCCCGCCACCCCGCCCAACACCCUGAACCUGCGCUCCUCCCACAACGAGCUCCUCAAUGCAGAAAUCAGGCACACAGAGACCAAGAACAGCACUCCUCCCAAGUGCAGGAAAAAGUACGCGCUGACUAACAUUCAGACAGCCAUGGGGCUUUCUGAUCCAGCAGUCCAGCCCCUUCUGGGGAACGGCUCUGCCAAUAUAAAGCUGGUGAAGAACGGAGAAAACCAGCUGAGGAAAGCUGCCGAGCAGGGACAGCAGGAUCCCAACAAAAACCUCGGUACCACUGCAGGCGUAAAUGUAACUUCUGAGAAGUUUGAAAGCAAUGAGCCGAUCCCGCAGGAUUCCUCUGGCUGUGAAAUAUUACCCUCGCAGCCGAGAAGGACCAAGAGCUUCCUGAAUUACUAUGCGGAUCUAGAGACAUCAGCUCGAGAUCUAGAGCAGGGUUUCGUUGGGAUGGAAGACAAGUCUGCACAAAGCAACAGCCAGGCUUCUACCGUUAUUGUCAAUGGGGAAGUCCUGCCCCGGAAACAGAACAAGAUGCCGAGCCCAGAGGAUGGCCAGGUUGCCACAGUGUCAUCAAGCCCUGAGACAAAGAAGGAUCACCCAAAAACUGGGGCCAAAACAGACUGUGCCCUCCACAGGAUUCAAAACCUGGCCCCAAGUGAUGAGGACUCCAGCUGGACUACCCUGUCCCAGGACAGCGCCUCGCCAAGCUCGCCCGAUGAAACAGCAGAUAUAUGGAGUGAUCAUUCAUUUCAGACAGACCCAGACUUACCACCUGGUUGGAAAAAAAUAAAUGACAUUGCUGGGAUCUACUACUGGCACAUACCAACAGGAACAACUCAAUGGCAGCGUCCCGUGUCCAUCCCAACAGAUCUCCAGGGCUCACGAAAAGGAUCGCUUGGUUCCAUUACUCCAUCUCCUACUCCAGAAACUGAGAAACAGCCAUGGAGUGAUUUUGCUGUACUGAAUGGGGGAAAGAUUAAUAGUGACAUUUGGAAGGACCUGCAUGCAGCCACUGUGAACCCAGACCCAAGUCUGAAGGAGUUUGAAGGAGCAACUUUACGCUAUGCCUCUUUAAAGCUCAGAAAUGGUCCACAAUCUGAUGAUGAUGAUUCUAGUAGCAUCAACAGUGAUCCAGAAGCCAAGUGCUUCGCUGUGCGCUCUCUGGGCUGGGUAGAAAUGGCAGAAGAAGAUCUGGCUCCUGGAAAGAGCAGUGUUGCUGUGAACAAUUGCAUCAGGCAACUCUCCUACUGUAAAAAUGACAUCAGAGACACUGUUGGCAUUUGGGGAGAGGGCAAAGACAUGUACCUCAUCCUGGAGAAUGACAUGCUGAACCUGAUAGAUCCCAUGGACCGCACGGUUCUGCACGCGCAGCCCAUCGUCAGCAUCCGAGUCUGGGGCGUGGGCCGUGACAACGGUCGAGACUUUGCUUAUGUGGCAAGAGACAAAGAGACCAGAAUUCUGAAAUGUCAUGUGUUUCGAUGUGACACUCCUGCAAAAGCCAUUGCUACAAGUUUACACGAAAUCUGCUCAAAGAUUAUGGCUGAACGGAAAAAUGCUAAAGCUAUGGCUUGCAGCUCAUUGCAAGACAGGACAAAUGUCACCCUUGAUGUUCCUCUGCAAGUAGAUUUCCCAACACCAAAGACAGAACUGGUACAGAAGUUUCACGUCCAGUACCUGGGCAUGCUACCUGUAGCAAAACCUGUGGGAAUGGAUACUCUGAACAGUGCCAUUGAAAGUCUAAUGGCUUCCUCUAGCAAAGAUGACUGGUUGCCAGUUACCAUGAACGUUGCUGAUGCUACUGUCACAGUCAUCAAUGAAAGAAAUGAAGAAGAGGUCAUGGUGGAGUGUCGCGUGCGGUUCCUGUCCUUCAUGGGAGUAGGCAAGGACAUCCACACGUUCGCCUUCAUUAUGGACACAGGCAACCAGCACUUUGAGUGCCAUGUGUUUUGGUGUGAACCAAAUGCAGGCAAUGUAUCAGAAGCCGUUCAGGCUGCUUGUAUGUUACGGUAUCAGAAGUGCUUGGUAGCCAGACCUCCUUCACAGAAAGUUCGGCCGCCCCCGCCGCCUGCAGACUCGGUGACCAGAAGGGUUACAACCAACGUCAAAAGAGGAGUCUUGUCUCUCAUUGACACUUUGAAACAGAAACGUCCGGUCCCUGAGAUGCCAUAGCCGCUUCAGAGAGAAGAUCCUCCUGCCAUUUGACUGAAGCUAGCAGUAGCUACACUGAGGCAAAUGAACGGACAAUAUCUGACCUUCCAUUUCAGUGCUGAUGCUUUCUCUUCAGAGAAUUUACCCCUAUCAAACAAUGUUACACAAGCAUGUUCUCUCGUUCCUGCCACCAUCGCCUGAUAUGAAAAGAAGCAUGAAUAAUUUUUUUGCUGUCAGUGAGUUACAUCAUGGGCAAUGGAAGGUCUGUUUGAUUGUAAAUACAUGAACGUUACCUAAACUCACAGAAAAAAAAGAAUAUGGCCACGUCCCUCCCAGUGAACUCGUGCUAAAGUCCUUGGAGUGAAUGAUGCCUGAGUUAAAAAUUUCACCUUCUUGAGCUGGAUUUGUCAUAAACCAAUCUUAAAUCCUACGGCACUUUGCUCUGUUUUCAACACUGGAAUAGGUAUCAAGUAUUAGCUACCAUUGAAUUACUGUAGAUUAAAUACCAAGUUUUAUUUUUUACAGAACUGCACCUGUUAGUUUUAAAUUGUUUUCAGCAUUGGUCUAGCAACUACUUUAACAUCUCCCUGACAUGUUUUUGAAUCAUAGUGUCAUUAUGUCACCUUCUGGUUACACAUUACGGUCUUACAGAAGAAUUUUGUUUAAAACCAAACCAAUGAUGAAAAAUCCAGAAGUGUUUUCAGUAAUUGAGUUACAGGGUGAUCCACUGAAGCUUUUAAGCUUUAAAUAUACAAAUUCAACUGCUGGCUGUUAAAUUUAUUCUCCUAAAUCUCUCAUCAAUUCAUCAAAAAUAGUUUGUUUCAUGGAGGGCUCAAACCAAUCAGGAAUAAGAAGCAGUAGUUAGUGAAUUUAUUCUCUUACAACUGUUAUAGAGACUAUUCCAUACCUUUUCUAUACAAGUGUUUGAUGAAAUGUUCAGUUCAGUGUCUGGUUGCAUAAUUCCCCCUUCCCCUUGGAGUUUGUUGCUGUAUACUUAGCAUGCCAGAAGAAGAACAAUUACAUUUCUUGUUAUUUACAAAA